AUGCUACUUGAUAAGCUGCAUAAGCUUCGCUCGCGCCAUCCUUCCCUCCUUCUAAUCGGUAGAAACUUUUUGUGUAAUAAUACUGAACUAGAGAACUAUCCUGGAAAGUGUAGGAUAUGCGUACUUGUAACUGAAAGAAUGCUUGAGUGGGGACGCGAACUUGAGAUCUUGGGUGCGUUGAGCGCUAAUGCCAUGGGAACAUUGUUACGGCUUGUUGCACCCUGCAACUUCCUUGUUUCAACGUGUGCAUUCCUGAUCUCUGGCAAAUUCUCGCCUCGACCUCCUUUCCCGUUGCCUACAACGCUCCUUUCUGGACCCGCUAGAGGCGGCAACGGUCGUAUCAACCAUCGAAGCCAAGAACAAUACUCAGAGAGCCAAACAAAGUCAAACUCUCGCUCCACUCGUUUCUCUCAUCAUCUCCUCGCCGUCGCCGUCGUUCUUCACCCUAAUCCCUCCACAAUUUUAAUCGUUCCCCACGUCCACGACGCAUCUUUCACCCAGAAAACACUGGAAGGCCUCGCUUCCUCCUUUUAA